AGUAAAGCUUCCUUCUCACACCCACCAUGGUGACAAAUGUUCAAAUCUAAAUGGCUACAUUGCACAUGCGAGUUCUCAACCCAAAUCGAUCGAUCACUCACAGCCCGUAUAUAAACGUACAUGCGUGUAUAGCUAGCUACACGGUGCGCUAUGCAAGCUCCUAAGUUGCACCACAGGUUGUCAUCAAGCGGGAGCGCGCCUAGCUAGCUAACAUGGUGGCAGCAUCAAGAAGAGCAUCCUCGAUGCGUGUAAGAGCUGCCAUGAAGAUGGCAUACCUCCUGGCCUUCGCCGUCGUCUUGCUCUCGGCGUGCGGCCUCGCCUCCUCGAGGUCGCUGCCCUCGGUCACCACCCAUGGCGCCGAUGCACAGCUGGAAGGUGGCCGAGCCGCGCGCGCCAAGCUCGAGCCUCCAACCGCGAAUGCCGAUAAACCGCCGGAGCUCGGCAUCGGCGACGACGGUGCCGUUCAGUCUGAGAAGAAAAAGCGCCAUGCCAAGGCGCCGCCCAAGCACCACGGGCCUGGCAAACACGCUCCUCCGGCCGACCUUUCGCCGCCGGCGCCUGAUCCGGACGGCGGCCAGCCCCCGGAGGUACCUGUUCCGGAGGGCCCGCACGACCAGAAUCCGCCAGCGUGGCCGUUCCCGUGGCCGCAGCCGCCACCGGGCAACGACCAGUGGCCGCCGUUCCACCCGCCGCCGCUCCCCGCGUGGACGCGUCCGGGCGACGACCGACCGCCUCUGCCUCCGUUCCCGUUCCACCCACCGCCACUUCCUGCAUGGCCGCAACCAGAACCAGGCGAGCAGUGGCCCCCGCUGCCGGCAUGGCCGCAGCCAGAACCAGGAAAGCAGUGGCCCCCGCUUCCUGCAUGGCCGGAGCCAGGACCAGGAGAGCAGUGGCCGCCGUUUCCGGCAUGGCCGCAGCCAGACCCAGGAAAGCAGUGGCCGCCGUUCCCGGCAUGGCCACAACCGGAGCCAGGAAAGCAGUGGCCUCCGUUCCCGUUCUACCCGCCGCCGAUGCCGUCAUGGCAGUGGCCGCCAGCACUGUCUUUCCACGGCCAGGAGGAACAACACGCAUCUAGGCUGGCGCCGCCUGUUCCAGCGCACAACUGAUGCAUGCGCACAAGUACACAACCGCGCGAUUUUGCCCUCGCGGAAGGACACCAAAUAUUUGUACGACAGGAAUGAAUAGCAAGGAUAUCAAAUAUUAGACCGUGACCACGUAAUCAAUAAAGCUGGCAUAAUUUUAAGUUUACGAGAAGAAAAAAAUACAACAUUGGAGAAGAGAAAUUACUGCACACUUACAUCUUUUCUUUUGGAGAGCCAAUUUUGUCGAAAAGGACCGCCUACCGAAUUGAAUUGCCAAAAAAACCACCUCUAGAUCCAAACGACCGAAAAGAUCAGCUGUGCCUGAUAGCAGACGCGCCGGCCGACACGUGGCACCUGCCACCAGGUCGCAGACGGCAAGACCUGCCACAGGGACGCAAGCGGCAGGUUGAGCAGCACAACUUCAAGCUUUGUAUGGGAACAAAAAAGAAAGACGUGGGGCCU